CUCUCCUCGUCGAAACAGCCUAUAAACAAGGAAGUAUGAGUACCUUUCUUUGUGAAUAUAGAACGAACGCACUGGACAUAUUAGACAGCUAAGAGGGACUUCUUUCUGUUCCUCAUUUACUGAGCCAGUGUAUGCUGCUUAUAAUGUGACGUCUCCAGCACACCUACGCUUCCUCUUUAACUUAAGAAUUUGAUGGACACACACACAACAUCCUUACUACAACCAACUCCGAAAUACCAUGCCGAUUGAGCAAGACAUUCCGACGGUGCUUUCGUGGGCCGCGGGGCUCACUGGUGGCAUCCAGUUGCUUGGUUUCAUCCAUGGAUUCACCUUUCAGACGGAAGCUUUUUAUGAUGCGUUGGGGGGCAUCAACAGUCUCACCUUUGUCGUUCUCGCUUUCAUACUACGUGGUGAGGAACUGUGGGGAAAUCCUAGACAAAUCAGCAUAUCCUGUCUCUUUGCUGCCUCGAGGCUCUGGCUGCUUAGUUUUUUGGCGUGGAGAGCAAAGUACUUUUUAGAUAGACUACUCUUACUCCACCGAAAUACUGAUCUUAGAAAGUCCUAGGCUCAUCUUAUUAAUACUACUCCUUCUACACAAUAUUAGUGCGGAAAUCGUGACGACACCUCCUUCGCUCAUCUUGUCCUCACACAUGGCACUUUCAUCGUAUCGUUCUGAGGAUGUCGACAUCUACACUUACCUUCUAUGUUGAACCACAUCUCAGGGAGCGAGGCGGCGAUGGACGAUUCGACAAGCUGAAGCCGUAUUUCUUUACGUUUUUGAUCGUCUGGUUCCUACAGGCGGUGUGGGUUUUCUGCGUCGGGCUGCCUGUACUUGUGCUCGAUGGUAUAACGGAAAGCGUGCCUUUGAAUGUUGGCGAUUACAUUACGGCUCGCGGUGAUUCAUCGAUCUUACUUGUUCAGAGCUAUUUAAUCUUUUCCGUUCUCUUCCUCUUCGAUGAAUUCUGAGAAGCUGGGCUAAGAAAAUGAAAUACUGUGAGCUCUAACUACAUCUGCAUAGGGCUUUUCACUUUGGGCUUGCUCGCUCAGAUUCAUUCCGACAUCGUCAAAGCAAUGUGGGUAAAAAGUGGACGCGCUGGCGGUUUUUGCACGCGGGCGUUGUGUUAAGGCUUAGGUGUAUUGGCCAAAAACGUUGAACGCACUACUUUCAGUAGUUUCUUCAAUUUCGUCAACAUCUGAGAUGCCUUCUUGGGUCGCGUCACCCGAACUACUCGUAAACUGAAAAUAUCCGAGUAAACUCAAAAAUGAUACUUGCUAAGUCAUUGAGACCAAAGUAGUCCGGGUGACGCGACCAGCGCUCAAGACGCUCUAAUUCUCGUACUGGUCGCGUCACCCGAACUACUUUGGUGAAAUACUGAUGUGGUGGUGCGCUUGGGGUCUCUGUGUUAGGCCAAUGCUCGUCGGCAGCAAUGUUGCGGUUUACUUUAUGUUGCGGUUUACAUAGUAUAAUUCGAAUACAACAUACGAGAAAGACCUUGUUGAUCUUCAUCUCAGUUUCAUAAUUUUCAAUGAACUUGACUUCGUUCCAGAAACUCAUAUGGUCAGUUUUGACGAGUUGUCGGCUCUAAAACCCGCGCCCUCGCAGUCUUGUCUCCGCUGAUCACGACCUUGCUUCUACUUGGCGUCUCAGGCAUGCCCUUAGCCGAAGGAAAGGCACUAGAAAGGUAUUACACCGGAAAAUAUCGCGAGGAGUACAUUGCCUACCGGGAACGAACAUCUCCGCUCAUUCCCGUACCAACAAGCUUGUACAAGGCGUUGCCGAUAGCAGUGAAAAGGAUAUUCUUCCUCGAAUUCAAAUGCUACGAAUACACACCAGCAGACAGCGAAGGGGCCUCUGGCAAGUUUUAAUUGUUUGCUUUAUUUAUGCUUUUUGGUUCUCUGUUCGUCCUUUCAAGUGGUGUAGGAGGAAUUUCCCGAAUGUUAAAUUGAUGUGAUAGACAACGUGAAGUACUAGAUGGUCAACACCAGCUUGAAAAAUAUAGUUAAUCCACAAGUAGAGAGCUGUGAACAAGAGUAAGAGUAUUUGAGGACUUGUAAAGUAUUCUCUUUGAUGUUAUGAAAACAGGGUCAACGAGCCUCUACUCCGAAGCUGAUGAUAACAUCCUACUUGCAGGCGUGGUAGGAGCCCCCGCGGAAAAUCCCCCCGCUCCGGAAUCAGCAGCUCCGGCAGCAGCAGCAACACAGUGAGUCUCCUGAAAUCCAGAAAGCCUUCAACGAGCUCAAAGCGAAAAUCUUCUUCAACCGGUGGGAGGAAGAGCAAAUGAAGUCUUGAGUCUAUCUUCUGCCUGGUGACGAGGUAGUUGAUGCGAGUGAUCUGCACUACCUUGGUGUGCAGAUGGUGUGCAGAUACACCUAGUGUGCAGGCGUAAGUCAAAGUGAAUAUUGUGAUAUUGCUGCAAAAGGGCGGAGGCGCGUCGUCCAAGAUGAUACUUCAUAGGAUGAGAUCACCACACUUUUCCCCUACUUGGAGCACAGCAAAUCGACAUGGCAUUUUUAUGAUCAUCCCAAUCAGCAAAAAGACUGCGGUUUACUUCAUUAGCCCCCUGUUGAACAUAGUGCGACAUGCCCGUCGUCCACCAUGCACACAAGAAUGAUAGUGUGUGUGUGUGCGGACGUACGACGAAUAGGACUACUUCUAAAUCUCAUUUCGUAUUGUGUCGACCACCUGUCCCGCGGACAUCUCCACCAAAGUGUUUUCUCUUGGUGCCACUUGCACCACGUGAGUACAGCGUUUUGAGUGUAGACGAUUCUGUUUCAUUUCAUUCCCCAGAGGUCUCUCCAAGACUUUGCAAAGAAGGCUUCAUUUCUCUACAAGGCUUUGCAAAGAAGGCCUAGUGUCUAUGUCGGUCUGAGAUUGAGAGAUCUGUUUGUUCCUCGGCUGUGAAGACAGCCAAGACCUCGAAAAA